AAUGAAUCAUAGGAUAUAUUUUGGUUAUAAGAAAUCUUACAGUAUGUUAUAUAAUGUCAAUUGUUAGUUGAAACACCAAAACGUUAUUAAUAUCAAUCAAUUGAUAAGUUACCAAAAUUACCAUCCAUUCAAUCAGAUGUUAAGUAAUAUUGUAUAACUUAUUCAGACAGUCUUGGAAAUUUGGUCAUAAAGAAUAAUCAACAAAUUUAGGAGUUUUGAGUUUGCCUGGAUAAUUGAUGAGUGGAAAACAGAAGAUUAAUUAAGAUGCCAUUAUAGUAGAAAAGAGACUGAAUUUCUAUGGAGUUGCUGAUGGACAUGGAGUAAAUGGUGAACGUGUUUCUGGAUUUAUUCGUAUCACACUACCUAAAUAUAUUGAAUAAAGUCUUUUAGAACCAAAAGAGACAUUAAUAAAUAGUAUUUUAUAGACAAAUAAUGAAUUGGUGAAUAAUUCAAAAAUUGAAACUGUCAUGGCAGGUUCAACAUUAUGUUGUGGUUUGAUUAAAUUAAAUAGAUUAUACAUAGCCAAUGUAGGUGAUAGUAGAUGUGUUUUAGCAAAGUAAAUUGGUAAUUCUUGGUAAACCAUUGAAUUAACAAAGGAUUAAAAACCCUCUAGAGAAGAUGAAGCAAGAAGAAUAUUAAAAGCUGGUGGACGUAUAGCUGCUCAAUAAGAUAUUUAUGGUAAUUAAGUGGGUCCACUUAGAGUUUGGUUAAAAACAUUGAAUGCUCCAGGAUUAGCUAUGACUAGAGCAAUAGGAGAUAGAAUAGGUGCUUAAGCAGGUGUAAUAGCAACACCUGAAAUUACAGAGUAUGAAUUAACAAAUGAAGACAAAAUUUUAGUAUUUGCUUCAGAUGGUAUAUGGGAUUUUUUGUCUUCCCAAGAAGUAGUUUCAAUUUUGAGUUAAUGUUAUGGAAAAAAUAUAAGUGCUGAAUUGGCAGCAUAAAAAUUACUAAAUUUAGCAGUAGAUGCAUGGAAAAGAAAUAGUUUAGCUAGAGAUGACAUUACUUGUGUAGUCUUAUAUUUAUGA